AAGAACGGAAAGAAAUCUAAUUUCAUUGAACAAAAUGUAAUUUCAUUGAACAAAAUGUGAUUCAUUGAACAAAAUCGUUUAUUGAACAAAAAAUCUAAUUUCACCAAACAAAAAACCCAAGUUGCCAUGGCCAUCCUCACCACAACGUGUGGAUUUCCAGAUGUUGCAUUUGGGAUUUCAUUGUGCACUGUCACAGGAAGGUUGUGCAUGUCUUACUUGUUAGCUGACUUAGCGGGGAUGACCUGCAGAUGCUGAUGAGUAUCUGCCUGCCUGGAUGGCCCAGGUGAUCCAUAAUCAGAACUCCAGCUCUCAAGGCCCCAUACCCCUUUUUCAGUGGAUUCAUAGGGGUGUCUAAAUGACAAACUCAAUUCUUUUCCUAAAUUCUAGCUAAGACAGAGCAAAAGCGAAGCCCCUCAUGCUCAGUAAUUCAUUGCAAUGAGCCAUGUCAUCUGAGGCUUUGCAAUUUCUCCCAGAAGCAGUAUCGAAUUUGCACCAAUCUGGCCAGAAACUCAUGCUCAGAUACUCUGUUUAACAAGAGGUCAGCUGGGAUGAUGGAUGAGACCAGGGGAUUUCCAUAAGACCAGGAAGUCCCCAAGACCAUGACCUCAAAUUACUUUUUUAUCAUCUGCAGUCCCACACAGCCUGGCACCCACUAGGCACCCAGUACUCAUGGGUUUUAUGAGAACAAACACCAAAAGUGAACUCUGGGCCUUGAUUUAUACUCCCAGUUGGCAUGGGGAGACAAGGAAUGCCAGUCUGUGAUUCCAGCAAGAGGCAAGACGAAAAUCUAUUUCUUCAGCAGCUAAUAUAUGUAGCAGGAUGAUUCAUGUUCCAAAAAUAUGCAGUAGUAUGGUGAGAUUUAGUGCUGGAGUGACUCCCAGCUGGCCCCUACCCUGCUCAAGCUUCAGUUGACUGUCCCAACUGGCCAGUGCGGGUCCUGGCCAGGACUGGCACCAAGGCAGCGGGAUCCUUUCAAAAUAGGCCUCCAGCGCCGUAGACCAGAAAGCAGGAGCCCACUUCUCGGACACUGGGAGAUGGUGCAGGCAGCCACCAGUACGCAACGCACAGCGCCCUAUCCUUCCCGGCAGGGUCAUGGUUCAGAAAACGUAACCUUAUUUUCAUCUGUAGAUAAUAGAAGCAUUUUUCCUUUGCACUCAUACUAAAAAUAAAAAACUAGUAAUCCCAGGGAUCUGGGUUAGCUUCUUCAGCAUGUCAACUAUUGAUGAGAACACUCUUUGUAAAACGAACUCCAGAAAUCACUUGCUAGAGAAGCAGCCCUUCACUGCCUUAGUCUGAGCACCCACAGAAAGCACGUGUCGGAGACGCUGGAAAGGCCCACGCAGCCGCAGUAGAGGGCCAGGGGGCGGGUCAUGCGCACCCGCAGUAGAGGGCUGAAGGUCCUGCCAACGGCUCUCUUGGUGUCUCAACGUUCUGGUCAGCAGCUUUUUGCCGUUUCUCUCUCUCCACUUCUUGAGCGAGCAGCCAUGAGUUGGACUGUGCCUCUUGUGCGGGCCAGCCAGAGAGUGAGCUCGGUGGGAGCGAAUUUCCUGUGCCUGAAGAUGGCCCUGUGUCCCUGUCAGGCAGCGCGCAUCCCACUCAAGGGCGCCUGGCGCUUCACCUCCGUGAGCAAGAUGGCGACUGUGAAGAGUGAGCUUAUUGAGCGCUUCACUUCUGAGGAGCCCGUUCAUCACAGUAAGGUCUCCAUCAUAGGAACUGGAUCGGUGGGCAUGGCCUGCGCUAUCAGCAUCUUAUUAAAAGGCUUGAUCGAUGAACUUGCCCUUGUGGAUCUUGAUGAAGGCAAACUGAAGGGUGAGACGAUGGAUCUUCAACAUGGCAGCUCUUUCACGAAAAUGCCAAAUAUUGUUUGUAGCAAAGAUUACUUUGUCACCGCAAACUCCAACCUAGUGAUUAUCACAGCAGGUGCACGCCAAGAAAAGGGAGAAACGCGCCUUAAUUUAGUGCAGCGAAAUGUGGCCCUCUUCAAGUUAAUGAUUUCCAAUAUUGUCCAGCAUAGUCCCCACUGCAAACUGAUUAUUGUUUCCAAUCCAGUGGAUAUCUUAAGUUAUGUAGCUUGGAAGCUGAGUGCAUUUCCCAAAAACCGUGUUAUUGGAAGCGGCUGUAACCUGGAUACUGCUCGUUUUCGUUUCUUGAUUGGACAAAAGCUUGGUAUCCAUUCUGAAAGCUGCCAUGGAUGGAUCCUCGGAGAGCACGGAGACUCAAGUGUUCCUGUGUGGAGUGGAGUGAACAUAGCUGGUGUCCCUUUGAAGGACCUGAACUCUGAUAUAGGAACUGAUAAAGAUCCUGAGCAAUGGAAAAAUGUCCACGAAGAAGUGAUUGCUACUGCCUAUGAGAUUAUUAAAAUGAAAGGUUAUACUUCUUGGGCCAUUGGCCUAUCUGUGGCUGAUUUAACAGAAAGUAUUUUGAAGAAUCUUAGGAGAACACAUCCAGUUUCCACCAUAAUUAAGGGCCUCUAUGGAAUAGAUGAAGAAGUAUUCCUCAGUAUUCCUUGUAUCCUGGGAGAGAAUGGUAUUACCCAUCUUAUAAAGAUAAAGCUGACCCCUGAAGAAGAGGCCCGUCUGAAAAAAAGUGCAAAAACACUUUGGGAAAUUCAGAAGGAGCUCAAGAUUUAAAGUUGUCUAAAACUACCAUUCCGAAAUUAUUGAAGAGAUCACAGAUACAGGAUUAUAUAACGAAAUUUUGAAUAAACUUGAAUUCCUAAAAGAUGGAAACAGGAAAGUAGGUAGAGUGACUUUCCUAUUUAUUUAGUCCUUCAGCUCUUUUAUUUAGCAUCCACGUGCUGGAUGAUACUUAUUUACAAUUCCUAAGUGUUUUUGGUACCUCUGAUGUAGCAGCACUCGCCUUGUUAUAUACAUGUUGUUAGCAUUUGGUUCCCAAAAAGUAGGAUGUAGGUAUUCAUUGUGUUCUAGAAAUUCUGAGUCUUUUCAUUAGAUAUAUGCUAUUUCUUUCAUUCUUGCUGUCUUACACCUAUGUUCAUUUAUACGCUGUAAAGUAGUAGCUUCUUCUACAGUAUAAAAAUAAAAGUAUGUACAUACAAAAAAAAUAUGCAGUAGUAUAUACAAUCUUUUGUUUUGCUUCCUUUGAUAGUCAAUAAGUUCUAUUUGUUGAAUGAAUAAAAUACGGCGAGGCAUAUGAUUUGCUUCAUGAGAAACCGGAUCACAGACCCAAAAGCUUAAAACAGAUAGACAUUAAAAUGGAUAUUGG